UUGGAAAUUCUUCGAACAAACUGCGUAGUUAGUAGCAAUUUCGGGGUGAGUGCUUUCUGCGAGCAUAAAUAAGUAAAAACUGAAGUUAAAGUGUAUGCUAAUCAUUAUUAUCAUCAAAAUCAUAAGACGAACAUGGUCGAAAUACGCAUAUAUUUGGACUUCGAUUUAAGGAAGACGGCGUGAAGACGAGCUAUCAGUAUAUCGCAGUUGGGAUAAACACAUCGAAAUACGUUUAAGUGCCUUGUUCGAGUUGCCAUCGCUGUAAAGAUGAUCGACAUCAGGGAGAUUCAGCCUCGUUUCGAGAGAACCGAUGUCCGAGCAUCUCGAUCUGCAUCCCCUUCGCGCCUCGUCGCGUUGGUUCCGGUCGACAAUUAUCGUCACGAUGGCACUAUGGCACCGAUCUUCGCCGAGUCGUGGUGGACGAUGACUGCCCGCCACGUUCCUGACGUAAUUCCGCCACCGCGCCGUCUCUCUUCGCGUCUUUCGUCCGGCACACGAGAUCCAAGCUCGCUGGAGGAAUGUGACGUAAGCAGUGGCAAUAGGCAGGAACGAGAAGAGAUCACCGGGUCCCCAGAACGGACACCAGGGACGGAGCCGUAGAUGAGUUCUGUCGUCCGCAUCCUCGGUAGAAGCGUUUGUGGGAUAUUAAGGCCACCUUCGAUUUUUAAAUGGAAGGCUUUCAGGGCGAGUUGAACGAUCCACAAC